AUUUAGCUACGUGUUAGGUAGCUUAGCCUUAGCAACUUUAACCAACUCUAACUUUCUUCACUACUACAACGCCUUUCAACUUUGAUAUCUACAUGUACUCGAUCGACAAAAAAUAGUAUCGAGUUGAACGUAGCGAAAGGGUUUCUCUGUACUAUAUAUCCACACGAAUCCGAAUCCGAAUUGCUUCUAGCUAAUAGUUAGCUCUCACAUCUAAAUAUCCGAAUAGAUCAUUAAAACCACCAAAAUGAACACCCAAUUCAACUCUGCGCUCAAGCAGUCCACCUCUAUAAAACGCGACCUAACCAGCCUCACAUCCUCCGACAGCGCCCCUCCCACACCCGCAGCGCUAGGCUCUCUCUCCGCCUCUCUAACCGCCUUCUCGCGAACCCUAGACGAAUACAACGCCCUAGCGAAACAAGAAUUAAACCCAGCAAAGCAAGAAAAAGCCUACGAACGGAUCCGAAAUUUCCGCUCCGAGCUCUCGUCGUUUCGAACACAACUCGAUGAGCUUAAGACACAACGCGAAGAUGCGCUACACGCGCAAAACCGAACAGAGCUUCUAGGCCGCCGGCCAUUUACUACCGCUACGCCUGAAAACCCGUAUGCGAAUGCCACACCACAGUCUUCUUCUCCCUCGGUUCCGAAUCGAUAUGGUAGUGGAGGGCAGUUGAGCAUGGGUAGCAAUGAUUAUACGCGGGAGACGCAUGCUCUGCGGGAGCAGAAUUUCUUCGCGAGCACGAACACAGCGCUGGAUGAGUACAUCGCAAGGGGCCAGGCUGUGCUUGGGGACUUGGGUUCGCAGAGGGAGAUGUUGAAGAAUACGCAGAAGAGGUUGUAUAGCGUGGCUAAUACGCUUGGUGUUAGUGGGGAUACGAUACGUAUGAUUGAGAGGAGGGCAAAACAAGAUAAAUGGAUAUUUUGGGGUGGGGUGGUAGUAUUCUUUGGCUUUUGUUGGCUGUGUCUACAUUUUCUACGGUAGGACAGCUUGCACGUAGUGAGGAUAUUCAGGGGUUGCUACGGUUAGGAGACGGACAAAUGGAAAGUAUCGCGAAGGUCAAGUCAUGAGAUUGCAUGGCAUAGUCACUUUUAGCGAGGCGUUUGGGGUU